AUAAGACGUUGACUCGGUAACCUGGAGGUUCCGAGGUCCUUGACAGAUGAUAUUCGAAAAAAGAGUAAGCCGUAGGGCCGCUGUCCGGGUAAAAAUUUCCCGGCGUAUGCACGUCUUCAUUAGCCGAGCAGGUGCAGAACAGUGUUGUUUUUCAUUUCAGUUUGUAAAUGUGUGACAAGUUAAUGUUGGGACAGAAAUCAAUGAUUAUUUAAGGAUAUAAUGUAAUGGUACACCAAUGUAUUUAUAUCCUGGUAAUAAGCUUCCAUGUAUCUCUAAUUUCCCUUAUUAACAUAUAGAAGACACAUUCGUCGUAGCUUUCUCAUCACUGGCCUAUUGAAGUGAAAUCAACAUCGUAAAUAAAAAUGGGCGAUACAAGUAGAACCAAGGAACCAUUAAUGAUGAGUACACCAAAUGAUUCGGCCAUGAAGAAAAUGAAUGGAGGCGAUAUGACUAUUGAAAUAGAUAGCGUGGAUUCUGGUUCCAAAUCCAGUGAAACAAUCAGUAGUGAUUCAGGUACAAGUAGUUUUUUAUCCAGUGUAUUCAAGCAUGGCGCAGAGAUGGAGAAAUUUGUUACUGAUAAUCAAUCUAAUGUUCGUAUGGUGAUAAUUGGACUAUUCUGUGUCUUGUACCUAGCCUAUUUUAUAACAGCGCUGAUAUUUGGUGCCACAAAAGAUUGCGUGAAUACAGUACCUUUAAUCUGUUUGACAUGUAUUGUAUUGGCGUUCAUCGUUCUCAACUAUAUCUGGAUGCAUUUCGGUGAAGAUGUAAAAGUGAAAUGUCUCCGUCCAUGCCUUGAAAGUAUUGAAAACAAAAAAACAAAAAAUAUUCUCAAAUGGUUGUUUAUCCUGAUUGUGAUUGGUUUGUUUUUAUUUGUAAUAAUUUCCACGGUGAUAAAUCAGCCUGGUAACCUCAUCUCAGUCGCUGGUUUUGUUUUCUUUGUCAUCCUGCUGUUUAUCUUCUCCGAACAUAAAUCUCAGAUAAAAUGGCGACCCAUUCUUGGAGGAUUCACUCUACAGUUUAUGUUCGCUGUUUUUAUUCUCAAAUGGGAUCCUGGGUAUAAAAUAUUUCACUUCCUUGGGCAACAAGUUCAAGUGUUCCUUAGUUAUACGGAUGUCGGAUCAAGGAUGGUAUUUGGCGAUAAAUUUAUGGACCAUUUUUUUGCUAUGAAGGUUCUACCGGUGGUAAUUUUCUUCAGUUGUUUCAUCUCAGUGUUGUACCAUCUUGGUAUCAUGCAGAUGGUUAUCGGUAAAAUAGCUUUUGUUAUGAGACUCAUGUUGGGAACAACGGCUGCUGAAUCUCUCUGUGCCGCAGGAAAUAUCUUCGUAGGACAGACGGAGGCUCCAAUUCUCAUUCGACCUUUUCUCGAGAAAAUGACUAAAUCUGAAUUGCAUGCUGUAAUGACCGGAGGCUUCGCUACGAUAGCUGGUGGUGUUUUAGCUGCUUAUGUUUCUUUUGGUGUUCCAGCUGAACAUUUAUUGUGUGCGUCUGUAAUGAAUGCUCCCUGUGCUUUGGCUGUAUCCAAAUUACUUUUCCCAGAAACAGAAAAAAGUAAAAUAUCAAAGAAAACUCACAUCAACAAUGAAUCAUCGAAUUAUCGUAAUGUUCUUGAAGCAGCAGCUGCUGGAGCCUCGGCAUCUAUUGGUCUAGUUGCUAAUAUCGCGGCCAAUCUGAUAGCUUUCCUCGCCCUACUGGCGUUUGUUAAUGCUGUGUUGUCAUGGUUUGGAGGAUUUGUGUGUUUCCCUGAUUUAUCGUUUGAGUGGAUAUGUUCGUAUGUUUUUAUGCCUGUGGCGUAUUUGAUGGGUGUUGAGUGGAAAGAUGCCCGGAUUGUUGGAGAACUGAUUGGAAUGAAAACUUUCCUCAACGAGUUUGUAGCCUACGAACAGUUAUCAAAGUUUAUCAAAGCUAGAAGGGAUUGCGCAGAUGGUAUUAUUUUAUCGCCUAAAUCUGAGAUAAUAGCAACGUAUGCCCUGUGUGGGUUUGCUAACCUAAGUUCUAUAGGAAUACAGUUGGGUGGUUUGACUCCAAUGGCACCAAAUCGAGCAAGUGAUCUUGCUUCAGUUGUAUUAAAAGCCUUAUUUGGUGGUAUUGUUGCCUGUCUAAUGACUGCCAGUAUAGCAGGUCUGCUUAUAGUCCACCUACCCGAUGACAUGUCAAGUUGUAUUAAUAUGAAUACCACUGUCAUGGUUACCAACAGUUCGUUACUGUUUAAUACAACAGAGCCAUCUAAUAUAUUAUACACUAUUUUAACAAAUAAUACCGUGCCAUCAUAGAGAUCACAUUGUUUAAUCUUCCAAAUUCUGUCUAACAGAUCUGUGACAACUCAAACUAUCCAUCAUUGUGCCCUGGGGCCUGUUUCAUGAAAUUUUAACUAAGAUAAAAUCCAAAUUUUAGUAAUUUGAUUGGAUAAUAUUAGAUUGAUUUUAGUGCUUAGCCAAUCAAAAUUGAAGUAUCUUACUAGAAUUUGGAUUUUAUCUUUAGUUAAGAUUUCGAGAAACAGGGCCCAGUUCUGUUUUGAGUGAUCAAGCUAUGGACAAGUCUUGAAUGAAAUUAUGGACAUGUCUUGAAUCAAAUUAAAGUGAUCAGUGUAGUGCCAUUUAGAUUUUGUUUAAUACCAUGGAUUUGUUUAAUUCCAUGGAUUUGUUUAAUACCAUGGAUUUGAAAGACCAGAUUAUGACAAAACAUUGAAUAGUAUUUUUGUGCAUUCUAAUAUUACAAAAAGAUGUACAUGCAUGGACUAGGUUUUUAUUUCUGUGACAGAAAAGUAUUUUUAUGCGUUGUAGUAUAAUUUAAAGCUGUAAGCAGCUGUGACCGCAUCAUUAAAUACAUGUAAGAUAGUAUUGUGUUUCUGCUUUCGAUGUUGUGUCUAUACGAAUCCUCCUCCCCAUGGUAGGGUACUAAUACAUAAUACAUAAUACCACCCGGCCAGAUAACGGCCAUAUUAUAUACAUGAUUUAUUUCACUUUACACGAAUGCUUCCUGUCUAAAUCUGCCCUUGGAGAUUAUGAAUCUCAAUUUACAAAUCUGGUAGGGUCCAUAUCAAAUUUGAUUUGCCAUACAUUGAUGUACAUUGUGACCACUGACAAAGUUGUGAUAAUGUGUAUUCAAGCAGGAAGACAGUCCUAGUCUGUAUGGUUUAUAUUUAUAUUAGUACCCUCAUAGCACACUUACUGCAGCACUGUAGGACAUUAAACCCAAUUUAGUUUAUAAAAUACAGUAUUUUAAAAAGUACAGCAAUGGAAUUAAUUUAUUUUAGUAUAGAAUAACAGUAAUUAUUCUUGUAUAAUUUAUAUAUAACAAGAAAUCCUAUUUAAAUAAAUGUUAUUUUAUUUAGAAAUCCUAAUAAAUUGCAUGUAAUUUUGAAUCAAACUAUUAACAAAAUUCGGGGGUAUUUUUUUUUGUUUUACAAGAAUCAAAUGUGAAAAUAAAGUUUGAAAUCUGUUAAUUCCAAUGUGUUUAGGAAUUCCCACCUUGAAAAGCCAUUUGAUCUAUCGCAGAUUCAACCAGUAGUUGUUUUACGUCCGCUUCCCACCUUAAAAAGCCAUUUGAUCUGUCACAGAUUCAACCAAUCGCAGCAAUAGUAUUACAUGUAGAAUAUCUCACCUUAAAAAGCCAUUUGAUCUGUCACAGAUUCAACCAAUCGCAGCAAUAGUAUUACAUGUAGAAUAUCUCACCUUAAAAAGCCAUUUGAUCUGUCACAGAUUCAACCUUGUAAUUAAAUUGAUCCUCUCAAUCCAUAAAUCACUUAGAAAUAUAUUUUUAGAUAUGAAACUUUUUAGGUUUUAUUUAAUUAAGGCCUAAUUAAAUUAUUUUGUUUUAUUUUUUACAAGUUAUGUCUCUUCGUCUAGUUUUCCACCCAAUUCUUUUUAUUUAUUUAUAAAGAUCUCUAUAUAAGGCCAAACUAACUACAUUUAUAUUCUCUAAUCAGAUUCAAAGUUUUAUGUGAUCCACCAAAGUAUGAAAACUGUCAUAUACAUGUAUGUAGAUUGCAAAGAUUUCAGCUUGGAUUAGGAGUCAGCUGUAAAUCCUUAGCUCAGAGUCCUUGGCUGUAAAUCCUUAGCUCAGAGUCCUUGGAUGUAAUCAUUAGAAAGUGUAUUCAUAGAGUGACUCUUAUUUGUUUAAGAAAUGAAAUAAAAUCAAAUUGUAAUGAACUAUCAAUAUGAUGUUAUGACAGUAUGUAUAAUGUAUUUAUUUUAUACCAGUAUUAUAUAUUUUACAUAUAUCACUCGAUGACUUCAAAUGAGAACAAAUACCAUUAUAAUAAUAUUUAAUCAAUUCUUGUAUUGAAAUGCAAAUUUUAUAGAUAUUUAAAUUAAAAAAUGUUUCAUUCCCUGCCAACAUAUCAAAACAAAAUUGAUGAAAUUCAUCUUAAAAUUGUCCAGUCCAUUACAUGUAAUAAUUGUAGUUUAAUGGUAGUGAAUGAGACAUUAAGUAAUAUAUUGUACGAGGGCUAUAUCUAUAUCUUGCACGAGACCAUUAAACAACUUAAAAUACAGACACUAUCCCACAUACCUGAUCUAGUAUAAAUAAUGGAUGCUUGGCAUGCUAAUAUCUGUAUUUUAAUAUUGUUUAUUGUAUAAUAUAUUAAGAGAUUCCUGCCAACAUGGUUAUAUUAUUUCACUUAUUUCAUUUAAAAUACUGGACUUGUUUCUAGUCAUCAUUGUUGAAAGAAUCUCAAUCUAUCAUAAAUCAAUAUGUUGAUGUAAAUGUGUUAGAAUCAUUAUAAUCAUGUUUGUGUAAACAUAUAAAUGUUAAACAUAGUUUAUGUAGGAGCUACAUCUGCCUAUUGCAGGUCUUUCUUUAGGCAUGAAAUGUUAUAAACUAUUAAUUAGAUAUUUAUUAACAUGAAAAGACUUUAAUCAACUCUCGAUGCCAUCUUAUGUGUCGCUAUGUUUUUUUUAUUGUACUGGCUUUAGUAAUGAUGACCUAAAAUUCAAACUCUAAUGUCUUGGUUUAGAUUGGAGUGAGAGAUAGAGUGAUGUGGUUUAAGGCCGUGUUGAAUUGAUUCCUUGUUUCUCCUCGCCCGCGCGCUUAGGUCGAGGACCCCGAAAAUCGUGCGCUUACGUUUUUAACACAAAAAAAAAUAUUCAAAAAAUUACGUUAAUAACAUCUAAAUAAAAUUCUACCAAACAUCAGAAGUCAAUUCUCGUUGUUUAUUCCUCGUUACGAACUAAAUAAGUAAGUGCAGGGGGCCGCACUACACGCAAAACAAAAAACCUGCGGACAAGACAGAAAAUAGGCAUUGCACCGAAUAAACAAAUAUCAAAUCAAGUGAAUGGAUCCGGUUGAUAAUACACAUGUAGGGGCCCGCAUACUAUGGAAUAAGUUACACUGUAUAUGAUUGGAUGAAUUCCGCAAAAUGGCGCGUGUAGCAGUCAUUUCGGCUAAUGAGAAAGCAUAUUAUAAACUGUAAGACAAUCGCUAAUAUUCAACCACGAACCUGAAUAAUCAAUUUUUUCAUUGGCUAAAAUUAUAACUCAUGUCAUUAUUAUUCAAGUAUUACCCAAUCAUAUCUUGUGUAAUAAAUAACGCACGCCUUACAAAAUGGUGAGCUAUGCCGGGACAUAGGUAAAUUCGCGUACCGGUCGGCCUAAUUUAUUGAUGUUCAAGGAAAUAAUAGUGGCCCCGUUCAUUUGGUUUCCGGAGUUUAACAAACGAACGAACAAACGGGACCACUAUUAUUUCCUUGAACAUCAAUAAAUAAAUUAGGCCGACCGGUACGCGAAUUUACUUAUCUCGAAUCGACUUUGGUGGUUAUUCCCAGCACUUUCACGUUCGAUGAUAUUAUCGAAACCAUCUAUAACUCAACAAGCGAAUCAAAUUAUAAUUGGAAUGUUUCCAUUGUAUUUUAACACAAGAAUACGGAAAAUUUAUAUCAAAAUAUGGUUAUUUCAUUUUUUAAAAAGUUAAACAAAGAAGCCACUUGUUACCAAAUUUUAGUUUGUUAUUAAAUUUAUUUAAUUAAAUAUUAUCUGUGUUUUUAUUCUAACCAAUAAUAUAACUAGAUUAUUUAUAAUAUUAUUAAAAAUGGUACACAACCCUCAGACUAUAUAGGUAUUAUGCCAGACCACUUUGUGUUUUGAAACCCACUUUGUGUUGUGUUUACCGCACUACCGCACAUGAUUGCCAGAGUGGUGGCAGGAGAAACAAGGAAUCAAUUCAACACGGCCUAACCUCCACUCAACACAAACUAUGUCUUGGUUUAGAUUGGAGUGAGAGAGACCGAGAGACACAAACUAGGUCAUUUUGGGACUAACAUGGUUUACUUUUAUUUCAAUAAUUCCUUUGCGCGUAGGGGGUCUUUAGCAGUGGGAGGGACCCGGAGAAAACCCACGAGGUUGGACAGGCAACCCUACUUCUUGUCACGUACAACCAGCGAUUCAAAACCUCAGGCCUCAAUGACAGGCUUUAUGAUACAGUGUGCACAUGCUAACCAUUCGACCAUCCAACCCCCCAGAUUGGAGCAAUUUGACUGACAUUUUCAGCAUACUCCCUUUACAUUAUCUAGUUUUUAUACACUAGUGCUGUAAGUUCCAUAGUAGGCAUGCAGUCAGCUGAAAUACAACAGAUUGCUUCAGAAUACUCGGAAAAAGUGAGUUUGUUUAUUUCUUUUAUUUGUGCUUUUUUUUUUAUUAUUAAUUCUUGCUUUUUAUACGCCCACCUUCAAAUGUGGUCGUAUAGAGUGUCGUCGUCCGUCCGUCCAGUGUCCAAAAUUGCUUGUGGACGCUCUAAAGGCAAAAGUUAAUACCCGAUUGACUUUAAAUUUAUACACAGUGUUAUAGGUCAUGAGACGACGAAUCCUAUUGAUUUUCAACGAUAUACGAUAAUUACUGCCAGAGUUAUGGACCUAGUUCACUUUGAAAAAUGUUGUGGACGCUCUAGAGGCUAAAGUUAAUAUCUGAUUGACUUUGAAUUUAUAAGGCCGUCCGACGAAGAAUCCUAUUGAUUUUCAUUAAUUUCUGAUUAUUACUGCCAGAGUUAUAACCCUUGAUCACAUUGAAAAAUCUUGUGGAUGCUUUAUGACCAUAGUUAUCAUCUGAUUGAUUUUAUAUUCAUACACCGUGUUUACUCCUAUAGAGGGUCACAGUGGGUAAGAUGCUGGCUCGCUAGCCUGGAGGUCAGGUGUUCAAUUCCUGCAUUGGCCAAGUAAGUUCAUCCAGACUUUCCGGCGUGGUUCCCACUUGGAUUACGGCCCCUGAUUGGUCGAAGGAUCACAUUUUUAGCUUGUGGAUUCUCUAGAGGUCACAUUUUUGUCUAUUAAAAUGGGUUCGUCCGCCUGUCUGUCUGUCACACUUUUUGGGACACAAUAACUCUCUUUCUAAUUGAGUUAGAAUGUUCAAACUUGAUGGAGUUCGAAGAUGAUCAUUUUCCGUAUAGGGUAAGCAGAGAUAAGCAAUUUGAUUGGUUGAUGCUUUGGGACACGAUAACUUUAGUUCUAAUUAAGUGAGAGUGAUGAAACUUGGUGUAUAGUUUCAUUACAUCAAUACCUUGACUAAGUUCGAUAAUGAGCAUUUUCUGCUCAUUGUAAGCAGAGCGAUAAGCAAUUUGAUUGGCCAAGAUUUUGGAACACAAUAACUCUCCUAAUUGAGCUAGAAUGUUCCAGCUUGGUGUAGGUGUUUAUUAGGUGAAUCCCUUGAUGGAAUUCGAAGAUGAGCAUUCUCUGCUUAGGGUAAGCAGUGAUAAGCAAUUUGAUUUGUCGAGACUUUGGAACACGAUAACUCUCCUUCUAAUUGAGGUAGAAUGUUCAAACUUGGUGUAGGCCUUCAUUAGGUGAAUCCCUUGAUGGAGUUCGAUGAUGAACAUUGUCUGCUUACGGUAAGCAGAGAUAAGCAAUCUGAUUGGUUGAUGCUUUAGGGGCACGAUAACUUUGGUUAUUAUGAAGUGAGAGCAAUGAAACUCUGAAUAUAGAUUCAUUAUAUCAUUACCAUGACGAAGUUCGAUUGUGCCAAUUUUCUACCUGGGCUAAGGAGCGAUAAGCAAUUUGAUUGGUCAAGACUUUGGAACAUAACAACUCUGCUUUUUAUUGAGGUAGAAUGUUUAAACAUGGUGUAGAUGUUCAUUAGGUGAAUGUCUUGACUGAGUUAAAUGAUUAACAUUUCAAGCUAAAGCUAAGCAGAGCUAAUCAAUUUCAUUGGUCGAUGCUUUGGGACAAGGUAAUCUUGAUUCUAUCUGAUAGAGAGUAAUGAAACUUAGUAUGUAGUUAGAUUGCUUGAUACUUUUGAAAAAAAAUAAAUGUGCGAUUAAUUGAUAUGUGUCAUCUAUUUAUUUUGAGAUUUCGGCGGAGGACAUCAGCCUCACUGUUGGCUUGUUUUUUCUUAUUUUAAAAACCGUUUAGAUAUAUCACCAUUCCACAAUAAUGAAGGUUGAAUUCGAAUUCGGGAAAAUCAAAAUGAAACUGCCCGACAAAAUGGCCGCUCUUGUACGAAAAUUGUGUAUAAGUAUGUAAUACAAAGGCUAUGGAUCAUCUAGAGGUCACAAUUUUUAUCCAAUUUUGAUGAAACUUAAAACAUAUCUUCAUAUUCCAAAAAUCCCGUCCCUUUUCAUAUUUACGCAUUUCAGACCAUAACUUUCUGGAUUAUGGCCCCUGAUUGUACAAAAAAUCGUUUUUGUUUUUAGCUUGUUCUCUAUCCAUCUUGCAAAAUGUUGGCGUAUCCUGCCUGGCAGCCGCUGGUCAAUGAUUUUUGGUUACUUAAACAGCUAAAUCCAUGAUAUUAAAUGUUUUGUAUACUAAAUUCUAAUGAUUUUCUGAUAGUUACUUAAUGAGUUGUUACUCUUAAUUAGAUUUUAGUGUAUUACCGACGAGAAAAAAUAUGCGACAACUCCCGUUGACUGAACGGACGAUUUAGCUGCUGUGGGCGUAUGUUUCGUUGUCUGGCAACCUAUGUUUUGAUUACCUUGAGAUACCAGAAUAUAUCUGUAAAAUGUUGACUGUAGAGUGAUAUUUACAUGUAUAUUAAACAGCCUGUAGAAUUCCAUCAACUAUCUAACAGUUGAAAUAACCUAUCAAUGCAAGAAUUGGUGUAUGUACUAUAAAUUAUAGUGCCAUGUAUAUAUAAUUAGUUUAUAACCAUGAUGAUGUGAAUAUGUUUUGUUUUAUUUAAUUUGAUAUACUAGAAUUGUUUUGUUAUUACAUGCAGAUAUAUGUACAUAUCAUCUCCCCCCUCCCGCCCACUGUAAUAACAGAAAAAUCCAAAAUAUCACAGACUGGACAGGAGAUACAGACAUUACACUACAUUGACAUUUUCUUUGAAGAUUGUCUUUAGAUUAAAACCAUAAAAGCCUCUGUUUUAAUCUGAUUGUCUUCAGAGUAAAACCAUAAAAGCCUCUGUUUUAAUCUGAUUGUCUUCAGAGUAAAACCAUAAAAGCCUCUGUUUUAAUCUGAUUGUCUUCAGAGUAAAACCAUAAAAGCCUCUGUUUUAAAUGAUUUCUCAGUGAAAUAUUUGAUUAUUUUAUACGGCUGAAUGAAUGUUUAUCAUAUACAUGACAUGAUGUAAUAAAUAUUCUAUUUGAAAUAAA